UGUGCAGCAUGCGAUUGGUGGUGCGCUGUGCCCCUGGGACUCAGCGGAUGACUUUGGCUCUGUCAUGUGAUCAGCUGUGUCCAAUCACAGCUGAUCGCAUCCCCAUCAGUGCCACCUGUCAGUGUCCAUUAAUGCCGCCUGUCAGUGUACAUCAGUGCACAUCAAAGCCACAUAUCAGUGCCUAUCUGAGCUGCCUUUCAGUGCCACCUAUCAGUGCCUGUCAGUGCCAACUAUCAGUGCCAGUCAGUGCUGUCUAUGAGUGCUGCCAACCAGUGCUGCCUACCAGUGCCAGUCAGUGCUGUCUAUGAGUGCUGCCACUCAGUACCACCUAUCAGUG